AUGGACCGGCCUCCGCGUAUAUGCGCGCGCGGGCAGGACCGACCGCCCAUCUCGGUUGUCGUAGCGCCGGGAGCGGAGCAGAUAGCGGCGGCAGUUGUAGUAGCGCGGGCGUACGAGGCAGAUUCCAUCCUGCACUACGACGAAUUCAUUGUUUUCCCUUUGCUUUAUAAGCCAUCCCGCGCGCACUACGAGAGGCUGCAGGAGAGCCCUGCGUCGCCGUCCAUGGACAACGAGCGGCAGAUUCCCGUAGACCCCGUCUCGCUGCGGCACCUGGGCAUGGUCGCCGACCCGGACUCGCCGCUCUCGGCGCCGUCGGUAAUGACGGAGCUGGUGGCGCACCCGUCCCCGCUCCUGCCGCCGCUCCGCCGGCCCACCUUCGUCGGCGCCAGCCUCCCGUGCUCCGCGUCCUCCUCCCCCGUCCACAGCGCCGGUGCGAAGCGGGAAGAGCCCAGCCUCGCCACGGUCAUCGCCCUGAGCUCCCUCGCGCGGCAGCACUCCGCCGCGCUCGCCCACUACGUCACCUCGCCGUCCGCGGCGCCCGCCACGCUCUCCAGGAGCGCGUCCCGCGCCGAGGGGAGGACCAUGGCGCCGCACGACGACGAGUACCCCCACUUCGAGUUCGAGACCGACGCGGAGGCCCACGGCUUCAAGUGCGGCGUGCUGUGCAUGUUCAUCCCGGGCUUCAACAAGAAGAAGCGGGGCUCCCCCUCCGCGGCGGCCGUCGUGUCGAGCAUACAGAGGCAGCACUCCGGGGCGAGGCGGCGGAGCAGCGUGUCGCGGAUGGCGUCCAUGGAGAGGUUCGAGUGCGGGUCGUGGAGCCCGCCGCCGCUGCCCACCUCGGCGCCGCACGUCGACACGGACUUCGCGAUGGAGGUGGCCAAGAUCAGCUGCGCCGACGACACGGACUUGCCGAUCAAGAUGGCGUUCGUGUUCGAUGGCGAGGCGAGGGGGGUCCUGAAGAAGUCGGCGUCGGAGUCUGAGUCGCGGCGGCUGGAGUCGGCGGCGAUGUCGUCGGCGUCGCAGCGGCACGUGAGGUUCUCGACGGCAGCCGCGCCGCCGGCGUCGUGCCCGACCUCGCCGUGCAUCACGCCGCGCCUGGCGAUGGCCAGGGCGGAGUUCAACGCAUUCUUGGAGGCGCAGAGCGCGUAG